GGCGCGCGGGAGAGCGAGUCGUCGCCCAGCCGCAGCGGCACGGCGCUUUCUCCUUUCUUCCUUUACUGGCGGGUUGAACUUGCUGCUGAGGCUGUUGGGGCGGGAAAGUCCAUCACUGGGACAUUGUUGGCCCUACUGGGCCCGGGUGUGCAUACGGCUUUUCAGGGCUGGUGUUGCUCUAUACCCUGCGUUAUAGUCCAAAUCCUAUGUGCUCUCCUAUCUGGGAAGCCCCGCUAAACCCAACGGGGCUGACUUCCAAAUCAAGUGGUCCCUGCAGUUUUGAGCGGACUCCUCCUCCUCCUCCUGCUGAAUCUGUACGAGGCAACAGAGAGUUCUUUAUGGUGUGGGAUUUCAGGACUGAAAAGUGCUCUGCUACUUGGCACAGGAGCUGUCUUAGCUGUGAUAACAAAACAGCUUCACCGCAGGAAGGAGAGCAGCGGCAGGAUCAAGUUGGCCCUUGUAAUGUCUGCCAUCCACUCUUCUUUGAGCUAGGAAGCCAUGACUUCAAAAGCCAGGGGAGACGUGUCAGAAUGCAGCAUCACAGAACUCCUUCUUGCACUUUGAUGGUCCUGCUCUCCUCCUUGAAGUGUGCUGUGGCAGGGAUCCAUCAGGGACAGUGUCGAGGGAGAAGUUCAUAAGCCAGGAAGGGCCAUGGGCCUGAGCUUUGCCAGCCUUCAUGUCUCCUACAAGUUCAAGCUGCUGAUGCUCUUCACCUUGUGCGUUCUAUUGGUGGGCUGGAUCACCUCCACUUACCUGUUGGAUGUUGUGCAUGAAAAUCCAAGAGCAAAAGACAUGGUGGCAAGCUUCAGGAAACCAGCAGCUACCACAGAGGAGCAAAAUGAAAAUCCAAAAACGUCAGCUGUGCCGACUGUGUCCUUACCUGCCGUGAAUCCCACCUGUCCCCCUGUGUCUCCCUACCUGCGGGGCCCUAGCAAACUGACCUUCAAGCCAUCUCUUACCCUAGAAGAGGUGCAGAAAGAGAACCCACAGGUGGCAAAGGGCCGCCAUCACCCAGAAGACUGCUUAGCUCGGCAACGAGUGGCUAUAUUGAUCCCAUUCCGCAAUCGGGAGAAGCACCUAGUGUACCUGCUGGGGUACCUUCAUCCCUUCUUGCAGCGGCAGCAACUGGACUACGGCAUCUAUGUCAUUCACCAGGCUGGCCGGGCCAAGUUCAACAGAGCAAAACUGCUGAAUGUGGGAUACUUGGAAUCGCUGAAGGAUAACUGGGACUGCUUCAUCUUCCAUGACGUGGACCUGUUGCCAGAGAACGACUUCAACCUUUACAUGUGUGGCAGUCAGCCAAAGCACCUGGUGGUGGGCAGAAACAGCACAGGCUACAGGUUGCGUUACCAAGGUUACUUUGGAGGCGUAACAGCUCUAACAAGGGAGCAGUUUUCCAAGGUGAAUGGAUUUUCUAACAGCUACUGGGGCUGGGGAGGAGAGGACGAUGACCUCCGAAAAAGGGUCGAACUGCAGAAGAUGAAGGUGGUUCGGCCUCCCCCUAACAUAGCCAAAUACACCAUGAUCUUCCACACAAGAGACCAAGGCAAUGAGGCAAAUGCACAGAGGAUGAAUCUCUUGCAUCGGGUAUCUCGAGUAUGGAAAAUGGAUGGGCUAAACACCUGCUCUUAUAAGCUACUCUCAGUGGAAAACAACCCUUUAUACACCAACAUCACAGUAGAAUUUGGCAUGCCAACCAAGAUCUCAUAAUCUUGGCGUCCCUCUUGCACCUAUGAAUGUUGGGGGAAUGGAGAAGAACUUCUGUGUCAGUCGAACGCAGGUGUUGAACAUUCAGCUUUCUGGCAGCAGUUCCUCGGCAGCAAAAUCCACUACAAGGGAAUGAUCGUUUCUUCAUCUCUAGUAGUUUUGCUAGCUGUUUCCUCGUGGACUUCAGGACAGCAUUGGUAGUUGGCAAUGGGGGUUGACUUGGGAGACAUUUUUAUGAACCUGCAUUUUUCUUUAAAUAUUAAUCCUUUCCUCUGGAGGGAAGGUAAGUUCAGUUCUUGGAAAAGCUAUCGAUUUUUAUAGCUGGUGUUGUAUUUACACAUUUUUAAAUUGGAAACGGGGAUCUAAGGACAAUUAUUGCCAUGCUUCUUCAAAGGUGCAAAGACAAAGGGCUUUUUCAUCUAACGGACACUUUAAAAAACACACAAAGCAAAUAGGAUAAACAUGUGGGAAAUGGAUGGUUUUUCUCUAGUCAGUUGAACAAGUGCUCAUCAUAAUUAUCUUUUGAGGGGAGGGUACAUAAUGCCAUCCUGUAACAGCCAUCAUGGGAAUGAGGGAGAUUUUGAAAACUCUUAAUAAAAUAUAACAUAUUUCACUUAA